CUGGGAAUUGUUUACGACCCUUUCGCAACGCCAUUUGCAGGAGGAGACGUCGACUGUGCUCAAAUUGGACUCCAUAGUAACUCCAAUUGCCGAGCUUCUACCUGUGCCUCGUCAUUCAAUCAAUAAAUUCCCCUCAUUUUACACCCAACAGCUCCCUUUCAUCAAGGAUUGCCGGCCUCUCUGCAGGCGCAUCACCAACAAUGAACAACCGCCCAGUCGAGCAGGCCUUGGGUACUCUGGUGCCUACCCAUGCCGGUGAUCUGCCCCAAGAGCUACUCAGCUUAGCCUUGAAUCUUGUUGCGCAGUCUCGUGCCUUUUCCGCCAGCUUGAAGCCCGAAGAAGAGAUCGCCCGACCCUACGCUUGUGCGGAGAUUGCUUGCAAGAGGUUAAGUCGAGCUCUCAAGCUCCCUCCUCUACUCGGCCGCCCACCAUGUCCGCCGCGCGUUUACAAGAAGCUCUACACAUUCCUCGACAAUUCUCUUUCUGCUAGUUCAGCAGGAAUAAACCGCUCCGCGAGUGGCUCAAUUCCCGGAACACCGUCGAGAUCCGGAUCUACACAGACCACUCCCACCAAGACACGUAAUACCCCUUCCAGGGCUGCACCUACACCUCGCGGCCUCCAGAACACACCAUCCAAGUCCACGCCGUUGAAGCGAAGUGUUAGCGUGGCUAACAAACUAGCAUCGCCGUCAAAAUCAGCACGCAAAGCAGCCCCAGAACGGUCCAAUGGGCUAGCCAACUCAACAAUCAUUCCAGAUGCCCCAGCGUGGGUGAUGACCGCGAUCCGAACAAUCUGCAAGACGCUUUCAACACCAGCACCACGCACCACAAGCCUGUCCAGGCCUCCAAUUUCAAGGACAUUGCCUCCCCACAUUUUUGCCGGUGUCUCAUCCAUCCUCUAUCUCACGGCAAGCAUGUCCAAUGACGAGGAAGGGAUGGACGAAGAGACACUCGAUUUUCUAGAACCAAUCGUGUCCAUUCAAGGCAACGAAGAUGAUUUCAAAGAGCUUGUGUAUGCGAUGAUUGUUGCAGUCUAUUUCAUCGUGCUAGCCCGCCGAAGAAACCCUGCGCCCUCGGCUGAUGGCGAGGUAUCGAAUACCGACGCACAAAAGAUGGACAAGAAGACAUUCAUGGAGAUGCGUCAGACUGCAUUGACCAGCCUGGGUCUUCCCAACUCCAGGCGGCAUCGUGAUGAUGUCGAUCAGUGGAUUGCUUUGAUCAUGGAACAAGGUUGGGCGAGUGGCAAGGAAUGGUUCGAUAAUAUCCCUCUUGCCGGUGAACUGCAUGGCGAAGACGAGGAGGGAAUUUCAUUUCGCCACCUUGAUGAAGAGGAUGCCGCGUUUAGAGGUGUCAAGCUACCCAAACGCAAUGAUGGCACCGCUGGGGCUCGCCCGGGACAGCCUAGCAAGCAGACUCAUGGCGGGCUCUUGCCCGGUCUCGGCACUAUGAUGCAAGAUCGGGUGGACUAUCUGAGUGAGGAUCGUCGGGAUGAUUAUGUCGAGUGGAAGGCAGAUAUACUAGCUCGCAUUGAGGGUGCGACUCCUAGGGCCGGACGUGCUGCAGCAUGAGUUUUGAAUUUGAGGCGCGCUUGGAAGGAAAUAGGCGUUAGACCGAAUAUGAUACCCUUUGCAAUGAGACAACCAAGAUAUCCGUCAUGUUUGAAAUAUGCGAAGAGAACGCGAAAUAUCUAAUCUCUAUCGAUGAACAUCCACCACAUCCAUUCACAUCACGUAGUCUAUGCGCUGGAUCCAACCAGUAAAUGAAACCAAGGAAAAAGGGCAACAAGAAAAAUACUAUCUGACAAGGCGCCAGGCUUCCAGAGCCAUGGUAAAGCAUCUCAAAACGCCAAAACCCGCGAGACCCAGGUACGCCUCAAUACCAAAUGCUUCGAGUCCGAUGGUGCGGGAUACUCUCAUUCUUCUCCUGCUCUAGAGUCUUCAUCGUAUCAUACAAAAAGAAGUCGAUCAGGAUCGCGUUGAUACCGUAUGUCUUUUGUGGUUGUUCGAUGUUUUCGGUGCCAUUCUGAGCGUCAGUGUCGUCGUUCUCCACAGAUUUGAAAACCCCUUUCUUGCCGGCUGAUUUAACUUCUGGGUGACGUUUCUCGAUUUCGCGCUUGAUCAGCUCCACGCACCAGAUGCUGGUGCCGCGGAGUUCGACCUCCCAGUUUGAACCGGGUGUGAUGGGCUUCAGGCUGCGGAUGUGGGACUCCAGGGAAGGUGAGUAGCGCAUGCAGCCGAGUUGAUGCAGCAUCUGGGGGAUGCGGUAGUCUG